AUUAAGACAGAAUGCGUGAAGCCAAGGACUAAUGCAUCCAGUUCAACUUGAAUAUAGGAUAAGGAGACGUGUGAAAGUCAGUAUUAAAACAUGAUAAAGUGAUACACGGUAUAUCGUUUAGAUUAACUUCCUAGACAGGUCAUUUAUACUAGACGGAAUCAUGAUGUAUUCUUUCUUUAGAAUCGGAAAGACGACAAACUGUGUGCAGCACAUAUUAAAAUCUCUGCAUAUCAGACUACCACAACAGAUACCAGCUUCACAGUCACACACGAAUGUAUGUUCUGGGUCAAACUGGACAUUUUAUCACACUCGCUCGUUUUAUACAGGAGUUCGUUUCUGUAGUAAGAACGAUGGACAGAAGGACACUGACCAGGUGUCAGUUUCCAGAAGUUCAUACACACCUCCAAGCCCGUCUGCUGCACAGAAAGUCAAACAAGCUGGCAAAGAUUUCACUUAUUUGAUUGUGGUACUCAUUGGACUCGGUGUAACAGGUGGACUGCUCUAUGUGGUCUUUCAAGAGCUGUUUUCCUCUUCAAGUCCAAGCAAAAUUUAUGGAAAAGCUUUUGAGAAGUGCAGAUCUCACCCUGAGGUAAUCGGAGCUUUCGGAGAGCCCAUCAAAGGCUUUGGGGAGACCAGUCGACGUGGCAGAAGGCAACAAGUCAGUCAUGUAGAGUACAUGAAGGAUGGAAUCAAGUACAUGCGGCUGAAAUUUUACAUUGAGGGAUCUGAACCAGGAUUACGGGGAACUGUUCAUUCAGAAUCAAAGGAGAAUCCUGAGACUGGAAAGUAUGAAUUCCGGUAUAUUUUUGUAGACAUCGACGCGUAUCCCAGGAGGACAGUCGUCAUUGAAGACAACAGAUAAAAUGAGAUUUAACAGUGUUAAGCACAUAUUUGGAAUUUCAAUGGCAGACAUUGGAAAGAUUCAUUAAAAAGCUCUGAAUUGAAACUGAAGAACCUGAAUUUAUGUCACUACUGGGAUUUGUGAUGCUUGAAUUUUGUUGUGUUGAUCAUCACAAGGUUAUUUAGACUAAUGGAAGUGGAAGAUCUAGAUAUUUGGAUAUGAGAGUGCUUGUACUGAAACAUCUUGUAUUUUGUACAAUGAUUUGCAUGAUUGGUUUAUACAAUAUGUGGUUUGAAAUAAAGAUCAACUACAAAAUUCACAUAGAAAAGCAGUUUUUAAUUAAUGUAACUUGAAUACAUGUUAAUAAAGCAAUUUGAUGUGUUUAUUGCAAA